UUUAGGAGUGCCUCCAUUGUGAAGAGCAGUUUCGGCGGCGGGAGCUGGUGCGUCGACAGCGAAGAAGAAGAAACAGAGAAGAAACGAUGCUGGCAUUUUCGGUGUUUGGGCAGAUUGGGGCGAGAGAUGAUCAGUCUUGUGAAUUUGCUGUCUCUGAGGGCGAUUGGAAUGGAGAUGUAGAAGUGGUCGACUGGGAAUUAUCAUUGGGAUUCUCUUCAAAGUGAGCGUUCUUGAAGAUUCCGGCGGCUGAAAGUCAUGGCGAUGUCGAGUCGCGACCAGAAGUUGAUGUGGUGGGGUGCAGCUUUGCUGCUAUUCGUUCUCCUCAUGCUCGUGACGCCAAAGAUUCCUCAAGAUCAAAGCUAUCACAAUUUUGCGGAUCGUCGCAACUACUUCGGAAUCCCGAAUACUCUCAACGUUGUUUCCAACUUUCCUUUCUUAGUCAUUGGUGUUAUUGGACUGGUUCUCACCCUUCACGGAAAUACAUUCGCCUUGAGCUUGAAGGGAGAAUUAUGGGGAUGGACGGCAUUUUUUUUUGGAAUAGCAUCAACGUCCUUCGGUUCCGCUUACUAUCAUCUCAAGCCCAGCGAUGCUCGCCUUGUUUGGGACCGUCUUCCUAUGACGAUUGCAUUUUCAUCAGUGAUGGCAGUAUUUAUCAUUGAAAGAAUAGAUGAAGUCACUGGAAGAGCAUCACUUGCCCCACUUCUUGGGGCUGGAGUCGUUAGUGUUGGUUAUUGGUGGUUCGCUGACGACCUCCGACUCUACGCCUUGGUGCAGUUUGUCCCCUGUGUAGCAAUUCCUGCCAUGACUAUAGCCUUGCCUCCAAGAUACUCGCAUUCAUCAUAUUGGCUUUGGGCUGCAGGUUUUUAUCUGUUGGCGAAGGUGCUAGAAGCGAAUGAUAUGAAGUUUUACCGAUGGACAAAGUUUUUGGCGAGCGGCCACACUCUGAAGCAUCUGAGUGCCGCAAUGGUCCCGGUUUUUAUCAUUAUCAUGCUCUACAAACGAAACAUGCGCAAUGAGAGGCAAAGCAUGCUUGAUAGAUGGAAAGGACAGUGGAGAGGAACCAAUGCUGUAAGAGAUGAGAGGGACACUACAGGCUCCAAGUGGAGAUACUAUUGGUCAGGCUCACAAGAGCAGGCUCAGAGUCUUGUCUCGGAGACCUGAAACAGACUUCUUUAUCAAGACUGCAUACGUCUGGUCUGGUCUCAAUAUCGUAAGGACUUUGAAAAAAAUUUAGGCAACAGGGAUCAGGGAUCUUCUACAUAUUUAUCAGCGUGGAAACAGCCAAUACUGAAGGGUUGCUGUUUCCAGCGAUGGGUCUGAGUGGAGUGUACUCUCCACGUGGACAUCUGCUUUCGCACAUCGCCUUGAUAUCAUCUUAGUCCUUAAAAUUUGAUCAAGUACAACCCAUCGGCUUGUUGGCCAUCGUGUGGGUUCAAUACAAUGAACAAGCUGUUUGGGGGUCCGGACUUAAUAACUCGAUGCGAAGGUAACUGUAGGAAAGGGUAAGGUAGAUCUUCUUAAGGAGCAUGGAGACCCUCAUUGGCAGACAUGUAGCACUCUUUUCCGGUUCAUGCCGGGUACAUCCCAUUGUACAAGCACCCAAAUUAUUUGGCCUCGCUUUCACUACAUUGUACUUUGCAAUGUAUAUUAGUAUUUUCAAGCUUAUUUGGUG